AUGAUAGAGGUAAUCGUAAAUGAUCGGCUUGGUAGGAAGAUAAAAGUGAAGUCCCUUUCUGAUGAUUUUGUAGGUGAUCUUAAAAGAGUUCUUUCCUUGCAGCUCGGAACGCCACAUGCGAAGAUCGUGCUGCAAAAAGGCGGUACGGUCUUAAAGGAUCACAUUAGUCUGGGCGACUACGAGAUUCACGAUGGGACAUAUUUGGAAUUAUAUUACCUGUAA